CUGCCGCGCUCGGUGACGGCACGGGGAUGUAGCGCGCGGUGCGGGCGGAAGCGGGUGGGAUGAUGGCUGCGGAUCAGCGGGACUCCAGCAAAUGGCUCUUCACACGAGAACAGCUCGAAAACACGCCGUCCCGCCGCUGCGGAGUCGAGCCCGAUCGCGAGCUCUCGUACCGACAGCAAGCCGCCAACCUAAUCCAGGACAUGGGCCAGAGAUUAAACGUAUCCCAGCUCACGAUUAACACAGCAAUCGUCUAUAUGCACCGGUUUUACAUGCUUAAUUCCUUUACAAAGUUCCAUAGAAAUAUAAUUUCUCCCACCACACUCUUUCUGGCUGCUAAAGUGGAGGAGCAACCAAGGAAACUUGAACACGUUAUUAAAGUAGCACAUGCUUGCCUGAACCCUCACGACCCACCGCUGGACACCAAGAGCAAUGCGUACCUCCAGCAGGCUCAAGAGCUGGUGCUGCUGGAGGCUAUAGUGCUGCAGACACUCGGGUUUGAGAUAACAAUAGAUCAUCCACACACAGAUGUGGUGAGAUGUUCCCAGCUAGUGCGAGCGAGCAAGGACUUGGCCCAGACCUCCUAUUUCAUGGCUACCAACAGUCUGCACCUGACUACCUUCUGCCUGCAGCACAAACCCACAGUGGUGGCAUGUGUCUGUAUUCACCUGGCCUGCAAGUGGUCCAAUUGGGAGAUUCCAGUCUCUUCGAAUGGGAAACAUUGGUGGGAAUAUGUAGACCGAGCUGUGACUCUGCAGCUGCUUGAUGACCUGACUCACGAGUUUCUCCAGAUCUUGGAAAAAACACCAAGCAGAUUAAAAAGAAUCAGAAACUGGCGGGCCAAUCAAGCUGCCAAGAAACCAAAACUCGACAACCAAUCUUUAGACGGUUCCUUCCAGACAACUCUGAGCCAGGACAGUUCAUUGAUGGGGAGCAUGUGUGACAUCACAGGAGGCAUGUAUUCUGAACCAUCCACCUGUUUCCCAUUGGAUGGGGCAUCGAUGUCACUCAACGGCCUGUCGGACCUGCAGAGUUCUGCUUUCAGCUUUCCUGCACCAAUUUCCCAGAGCGCAGACGCAUUUCUCUCGCUCCAGGGGGCGCAGGCGAGCAAAAACGGACACGCCUCAGCAACUCUCGCCUCUCAGAAACUCACUCUAGAGAAAUACCGUGAAAAACACGCGGCCGAAUUAGAGCAAAGACACAGACACGAAGAGGAGGAAAGCGACCAGCAUCGAAAACACGGACAUUUAUCGUCCGAACCGUCUUCGUCAAUCAGGGUAAAGUAUUCCCAACAGCAGGUACCGGAACGAUCGUUAAAGAGCGGGUCACUAAAACGGCGUCACCCUUCCUCAUUGGAAAACGGUUCUGCUAGUCAAGAAGAGCUGAAAAUGAAGAUCAAGGUUUUGUCUGAAAGUAGCAGCAGCGGUAAGAGCCGUCAUAGUCCUCGCUCGAGCCGUGAGAAACAUCGCGAACAUUCAUCGCACAAAAUGGCGAGACACGACUCGUCACACUCGCACGGUAGCCACCACCAUCACCACCAUUCAUCCAAAUCUCACCGAUCUUCCAAGAGCCACUCCUCCUCUGCCUCCGUAUCUAUCAAUCAACCUAUAGGCCACGCCCAGGUGGCAAAGAUUGACAGGAGGCUGGGGGAGGGGCAGAGUUCUGAGCCCAGUGCUGCUUUAAUAAAUAACGGUCCACACAUGGAUUAUGAAGACACUUUUAAUAUCCUUGAUUCCCUAUUAAAUGCACACAACUUCUAAACUAGCGGAAAAAC